CCUCCUCAGGCUGUCUGACUCUGUGACCAGAUGUUCAACCUCUGGAUGGAUCCUCCAUCUUUCUUCUUCAGUUCCUGGUUUGAUCUCAGCCCAGAAGCUGGUUUAUCAACAGACAUCUGAAUAAACAUGAAACUAAAUUGUCUUGUUUCCCUUAACUUACUAAAGUUGAUCUGAUCCUAUAAACAUCUUAAAGGGUCACUUUGAGCCACAGAAGGAGAAAUAUAUUCAUUUUUUGGAACCAUCUUGGCCGAUUUCAGAGGGACCUAACUUUGAACCAGGAAAACCGUAGAUAGAAUAGAGAUUAGAAUAGAAUAGAUGUUUUCAAUGUCGUGCAGACUGUUGGUUUUCACCAAGUUACAGUUUAUUGAAGCUGUUAUAACUUAGAAAUAAAGAGUAAACCAUUAACUAUCCGAGCUUCCUGCUUGGAGUCCAGAGUUCAGCUCAGAUGUUUGAUCAGGUUAUUGAGAAUAAAGGUCACAACGAUCAGCAGGAGGCGGAACGAACUUCAAUGCUUUAAUGCAUUAAAACAUUUUCUUAUCUUCACUAAGUAAACAUUUCAUUUUGUUUUCAACAGAAAAGAGAAGAUAUUUAAUACGAGGAGGAAGGAGUGGAAGAAGAUUUAAUGCUGAAAAGGUGACGGAGGGGGCGGGACUUCCGCCCGGACUCUCUAACAGGGAAGUCGUCGUGUUACUUUCUCUCAGCGUCACGGUUCUGCUUCGUGGGAGAAAACUCGCCAAAUCAGCGGAUCGAAGCUGUUCCGACGGGCGGAAAUCCGACCACGGCGAGGUCCGGUUCCAGCCCCGCUCUGCUGAGGUCCAUCCGAACCGGGCUGCCAGGGAGGGAGUGAGCCGGCAGGAGGCGGAGGGUUGAGGAUUAUUAAUCCAGGAUGACUCCUGUUUAAUCCUGAGAAGAUGCUGGAUUCUAACCCCACCAGCUGAACCAGAACACAUGAGCCUGUGAUGAACCAGGACGUAGACGGACCCUCCCCUAUCCCGUUCCUUUUGUCUGAAUCCAGGACACUGACCGCUCCCUGUUUAUCUGGGCCAUGUUCCGGAAAAGAAGCUCCCUCAUUCUAUGCGGAACCUUCCUGUUUGUCACCUGGAACGCCGUGCUGGUGCUGCUGCUGUGGGGGAGAGCUCCAUCCGGCCAGGGGGGCGAGCGGCGGGGGGAUCCGGUGCCGAUGCCCACCAGCGACAUGGUGGGAGACGUGAUCCGUAUCGCCGAGUCCUUUGAAUCGGAGCUGGAAAAGCAGAAGGCCAUCCUGUCCCAGAUCCUGAGCCACCGGUCGCUCUGGAAGCCGUCGGACGGAAAGAGGUCGAAGGUCAGCGCCCCCGCCCAGCCCGUCAUUCCCAUCCUGGUGAUGGCGUGUAACCGCAUCACGGUGAGGCGCUGCCUGGACAAGCUGCUGCAGCACCGGCCCUCCGCAGAGCUCCACCCCAUCAUAGUGAGCCAGGACUGCGGGCACGCCGACACCGCCGCCGUCAUCAGCUCCUAUGGAGAUAAGGUGGCCCAUCUGAAGCAGCCGGACCUUUCCGACAUUCCCGUCCGUCCUGAGCACAAGAAGUUUCAGGGUUACUACAAGAUCUCCAGACACUACCGCUGGGCCCUGAACCAGGUCUUCAGGACCAUGUCCCACUCGUCUGUGGUGAUCGUGGAGGACGACCUGGAGGUGGCGCCAGACUUCUUUGAGUAUUUCCGGGCCCUGCUGCCGGUCCUGAGAUCCGACCCCAGCCUGUGGUGCGUGUCAGCCUGGAAUGAUAACGGCAGGGACGGAUACGUGGACCCCGGCAGGGCCGACCUCCUCUACCGCACCGACUUCUUCCCCGGCCUGGGCUGGAUGCUCCUCAGGGAGGCCUGGGAGGAGCUGGAGCCCAAGUGGCCCGCCUCCUUCUGGGACGACUGGAUGCGUCAGCCGGAGCAGCGGCGGGGCCGCGCCUGCGUACGGCCGGAGAUCUCCCGGACGUUGACCUUCGGCCGGCAGGGGGUCAGCCUGGGCCAGUUCUACGAUAAAUACCUGAAAUACAUCAAGCUGAACUCUGAGUUUGUGCCUUUCACCAAGCUGGACCUGACCUACCUGAGGGAGGAGGCCUACAGGAGGAGCUUCAGCCAGGAGGUGUACAGCGCUCCUGCGGUGACGUAUGAAGACGUGAAGCAGGGCCAGCUGAAGGGCCCGGGGCCUUUCCGCCUUCAGUUCUCCACCAAGGACAGCUUCAAGGUCAUGGCCAAAAACCUGGGAAUCAUGGACGACCUGAAGUCUGGGGUUCCAAGGACGGGCUACAGAGGGGUGGUCAGCUUCUUCUACCGAGGGCGGCGGAUCCACUUGGCUCCGCCUCCCGGAUGGAGCCAGUAUGACCCCACGUGGAGCUGAGGUUCCACAGCAGCGGCCUUCUCACACAUUCCACGCCAAAGAUCUCCGGCCUUAAUGAGGAAACGGCCAAAUCUACUCAGGUUCUGCAGCUGAACAUAGAUCUACGGCAGAUCUCCAGAUGUCUAUUUUUCUAUGAUCCUGAUUGUUUUCUUUACAUCCAUGAAUCCGAUGCAUCAGCCGACUUUGCCUUACUGAGUUUCAGAGCAAAUCCUGAGAAUGAGCAACCCCCCCCCAUCAUCCAUGAAAUAAUCUGCUCUUCCUGCUUAUAGUCUGUCUGUCAGAUGAUUCUGUGUGGAAUAUUUCUUGCUUUGGAAUCACUGUGGGGAAUUGUAUGUUUUUAUUGAAUAAAAACAAACAGAAUGU